AGUGGCGGCACGGGUUGGAGGGGAGGGAGGGUCUGGGCUGUUUUUUUUAAAUGGAGGUGUUGGCGGUGGCGGAGGCUCGGGUAGAGGACGGAGCGACGGGAGGAGGAGACUCCACCAUGAGUGCGAUGUAUAAAGCGUUGCCCUCCUCGGGUCCAAGGUCUAUUUGCGAUGUCUCGCACCCGUUGUCGGCCGAGGAGCUGUUGUCGCCUGGACUCGACGCGACAACGGCCGAUGGGGACAAGGAUCUAAUAUUGCCCAAUGGGACGCCAGUGGAGACAUCAAGCCCGGCCUCUUCCUCAUCGCUCCUCAAUAGACUACAACUAGAUGAUGAGCUGGAUGGUGAAACUAGAGAUCUAUUUGUUACAGUUGAUGACCCAAAGAAACAUGUGUCUGCCAUGGAGACGUACAUCACUUAUAGAGUUGGCACAAAAACCACCAGAAACGAGUUCGAUUUACCAGAGUACACAGUACGACGCAGAUACCAGGAUUUUGAUUGGUUGAGGAUUAAACUGGAAGAAUCGCAGCCAACGCAUAUUAUUCCACCUUUGCCAGAAAAGUUCGUAGUGAAGGGAGUUGUGGAUCGCUUUUCAGAAGACUUUGUGGAGACUAGAAGGAAGGCACUGGACAAGUUUCUGAAAAGAAUUUCUGAUCAUCCUGUUCUUUCCUUCAAUGAUCACUUCAAUGUCUUUCUUACAGCAAAGGAUCUGAAUCCUUAUAAAAAGCAAGGCUUGGCUUUUAUCACAAAGGUGGGUGAGUCUGUAAAAUAUGUUACUGGAGGUUACAAACUAAGAAGCCGUCCUGUGGAGUUUGCUGCUAUGGGGGAUUAUUUGGAUAUGUUUUCUCAGAAGCUGGGGACAAUUGAUCGAAUCGCACAGAGGAUAGUUAAAGAACAAGCAGAAUAUUUGGUGGAGCUUCGAGAGUACGGACCCAUUUAUUUCUCCUGGUCUGCUGUAGAAGAGCAACUAAACAAGCCCCUCAGUGGUGCAUCAAAUUGCAUUGGCAGCUGCUGCGUAGCUCUGGAAGAACUGUCAGAAGGCAUGUCUGAAGAUUUUCUUCCUGUGCUUCGAGAAUAUAUCCUCUAUGUAGAAUCAAUGAAAAAUGUUCUUAGAAAAAGGGAUCAAGUACAAGCGGAGUACGAGGCCAAACUGGAAACUGCUGCUUACAAGAAAGAAGAGAAGCAAGGCACACCAACAGAUGUUGAAAAGUGCCAGGAUCGUGUGGAAUGCUUUAAUGCUGAUCUAAAGGCAGACUGGGAUCGGUGGCAGUGUAACAAGAGGCAGGACUUCCGGCAUCUGUUAAUGGGAAUGGCAGACAAAAAUAUCCAGUAUUAUGAGAAGUGCCUUGCAGCAUGGGAGUCCGUUAUUCCUCUUCUACAAGAGAAGCCAGAUGGUAGAAGUGAGGACCACUCAUAGCUUGUCGCUCAGCAUUGGUCACUGAUGGGUUUUCUCUCCUUCACUUUCCCAGCUCAGUACUGGAAUAUUGCACUUUGGGGGCAGGAAAGUCGGUUGAUGAUUCUGUGUGUAGCUCUACAUUAAUGCCAUGUUGUACAAGGACACAAAAGUCUCUGCGGAAGGUGUGCUCUGUUUAGUGAAGGUUUGUUUGUCUUGUCUGCACAGUGUUAUCUAACAAUUCACUCUGAGUGGUCUGCUGAGUACGGUCCAUGUCCAGUACCCCAAAUGGUGAGGGAUAUAAUGGAGGCCUUUUGCCAGAUUAAUAUCGUGCUGUUUCAUAAACUACUUUUUUAAAAACACAAGUAAGCAUUUUGAUAGAUGUCAUAUGGCACCCCAUUUAACCAAAUGAGUGCACUUGGGUAUGGGCUGGUACUUCUGUGGACUUAGAGAUUUGAGUAUAUUUGUACAUUGGAAAGCCCCAAGGCUUGAUUUGGGGAUUGAGGGAGAUAUUAAAACCCCUAGAUGAAUGGAAGAAAAUAUCUGAGAUACUUGAUAUUUAAGUUCUUUUGUAUUCAGUUAUCACUACAAUAGUAGUCAGCACUUAAGUUUGUAAAGUAUUAUUCCCUCGUGCAUGUUGGACAGAUCACAGCAGCAGGAUGCUAAUUAUUUGAGAUUCCAUCACCUGUGUGCAUGUGAGACAUUUUAGGAGACCAUCAAUUGAAUAUUGACAGCAUUCCACUUAUUAAUAUUAGGGUAAACUUAUCACAUCCUUCACUUGGGUUAUUUGAGAGUAUGGUAUCUUCUAUCCAUGCUUCAUUUUGUACAGUUUUCUAAUCCUAGAUUUUGUUGUUAUUUUCACAUUCUUUGUCAUGUUUGAUCUUUCCAGAUUAAUUGAUAUUUUUACUCUGUACAAUUUUUAUUUACAAAAUUAUCCCCCAUCUUUUAAGGACUAGGGAAAGGCAAGAAAAGAUUCACUUAAACUUGCCCUGCCCUGCUGAUGUAGACCUGCUUAUAUGUGAUUUGAGUGUCUUUUGCAGAUAUUUAAAGGCAAUGAGGUAUUCCUAGCUAUUAGAUAUCCCAGGGAGCAAACAAUUGAAUGAAUUGUAGAUAUACAAAAGUGCCUUUGUUGCAUGAAAUAUUUUGUAUAAGCUAAUUUGAGUUCAUCUAUCUGAAUGUUAAGCAUCCCCAGGUGCUUUGUUUCCAUGGUUUCAAUGUACUAAACUCUAAAAGUGAGGGGGAAAAUUGGCCAAGUUGCAUGAUUUGCAUUUUGCUUUUUUGCCUUCUCUAAUGGAAUCACUGCACUUGAUUAUUUUCUUUUGUUUUUAUCCUGAAGGCAGUAUGUUGACAGUUGUUCUCUGAAACAGAAUGGGCAUUUUUGAACAUAUUGUGUGUUGCAUUAACUACUUUUUUUGAUGGAAAGAAAAAUCCUGCUUCUACCUUUUUUGGAUGUAAUACAAUGUUUCAUGCUCACUCAUUCAGGUGUCCUGUGUUAGAUAUUUAAGGACUCCUGAUGAUCUGCCAUUUUGAAAAAUGCAUAAAAUACUUAACUGCUUUGAAAAUCAGGGUAUGAUUGAAGAAACAGGUUUUCAUUUUUAUAUUUUCACCCGGGGUAAUUUUCCAAAAGAGGAAAGUUUUUAUAGUGUUGAGACACUUACCACUCACCUGCACAUGUCCAACUCCUUCAUUGUGACCAGUUUAAUGUGUUAAACUAAAAGCCAAAGUUAUUGGGCACUCCUCUUUGAGGAGUGCAUGUGGUAUUUGGAUUUGACUGAAAUUUAGUGGUACACUUGAAAUCAGAAUGUUCCCUGUUAAAAUUGUCUUGUUCAAAGCAAUACCUUCAAAGUUCGUGAUAAAUUUAGUUCCCAUUUAGUGUUGAAGAGGGAAAGAGACCUAUUUGAAAAAUCAUUAAAAAUUCUGAUUUCAGGAAAGGAAGAUCAAGCUUUUUGGUCAGAUGAGUAAUAGUGAAGUGUACUUGGUGAUCAUUAUUUUCGCACACCAGUGAGAUGUUUCAAUGUACACUUAAUCUAGCGAAGAUUUUAAUAUUUCUUGGCUUGUAAAUGGAACACUUGGCUGUGCUGUAAUUUAUUACUAUUCAUAUGCAAUGAUUUGCUUAAGUGCCAAAACUUUAUUCCAUUUUCACAGAAACUUUGUUAAUGUUUUAUAUGAAGAAACAAGUGAAUGAUUGGGUCAAAUGAUCAGACUCGUAGCAAGUUAGUAUGGAGCAAAUGAAUCAUUGGAAGCGACUUAAAUGAUGCCUGUGGCAUAGGUGCUACAAGCAAGUAGUAUUGUAUGCUGUGUUCUGGAUCACUUGUUGGUUUUGCCUAGUGCUAACUUGUUUUAUAUAUAUAUAUAUAUAUAUAUAUAUAUAUAUAUAUAUAUAUAUAUAUAUAUAUAUAUAUAUAAAACUUUAGUGCUACUAUUGUAGCUUAAACUGUAAUGGCCUACACUACACUUUGAAUGUGGUUACAAAGGUAUACAUAAUUCAAGGAUCUAUUCCAAUGUAAAGUUUAAUUUUGCUAGAUUUGGGUUUGAAUACGAUUGCCACAUCCAGUACAGUGUGACAUUCAAUGACCUAUAGUGAUGCAGGCAUUUCCAUUGUCUAAAAUAACAAUGAAAUGAAUUAAUGAAUUUUUCACCAUUUGCUAAUUAGAGCCAAUAUGCUGACCCCUUUAGGAAAGGUUAUAUCUCGUUUAGUUAAAAUGUAACUCCAUUCAAGGAUCCUUACAAAAUUGUGUAUCAUUACAGUUUUACAACAAGGUACUAGUUCCUAGAAAUGAGACAUUGAAUGUUUAGUUUCAUUGUGUCUGUAUCAAAGCUGCUGGUGGAUCUUGGAGUAAUUAAAGUCAUUGUAAUCCUCAAAUGGUGUUUGAGGUUAAGUGGUUUUGUUUACUGUGAACCUUGAAGCAUGAAACUUUUGAAAUAAACCAUGAAGGAGUUAAUAGUUAGUAAAAUGAGUGUGGACUAUUUAAUUUGGUACAUCUUUCCUCAGCAAAAGUUUGGUGCUAUUGCCAACAUUUAUCGUAAUCUAAUUUGUACCUGUGGAUUUUUUUUGAUCACUAUUGAAUAAACUUUUGGGUCAAGUAUUUGCCUUCAAAUG